AUGGCACGUUGGCAUUUAGGUGGGUCUGCGGGGAAAAGGGAGGACUUCAAAGCAGGCGGCACAGGCGGCGCAGGCCCCUACUCUAACUCUAACGCCAGUGGCCCUAGCGGCCCUAGCCACCGCGGCCCUCGAUGGGAGCCGGAGCCGCGGCAAGACGAUACCGGUGCCAGAGUCUGGUAUUUCGGAUUUGGGGCCAACAUCAACCCGUGGAAGCUGCGAGAGCGACGAGGCAUCAUACCAUUGGCAGAGAUUCCGGGCAAAGUUGCCGGGUGGAGGCUUCUGUUCAAUCACAAGGGCGGUAUGGGAAAUGUGCAGCGUUUAGAUGAACUGCCGGCUGAUGAUGGCCCAGACGCAGUUCAUGGAAUUCUUCUCCAGCUCAGCACCAGGGAUUUUGCCAAGCUUUGUCAAAUCGAAUAUGAGUACCGCACAACUGAGCUAAACGUUCAGUCCUACGAUGGUAGAGUCAUUGCUGCGCAGGCUUUUGUGAGUCCAGCUGAAUGGAAGUUGCCGACGAGUGUUGCGCCACCAGAGCGAUACCUGAAGCUUAUUCGAGAAGGUUGCAAGGAGAUGGGUAUUGAUUUCUCAUACCAAAGGUGGCUACAGUCCAUUUCCAGCAACAAAGGGCAAAGAGGCCCCGAGUAUUGGGAUGCUCCGGGCAACAAGCAAAAGCGAGCCAAAAAGGGCCAAGCCCCAGCCGCAUUGUCACACUUCGCUGUAGGUGCAGGCGAGGUGGGUAGCUUGGUGGAUAUCGGGGCUAAUUUGGGCAAGUGCUCACCCCAAGACCUUGCUGCGCAGCUUUUGCGAGCCUCUGCCUCGCAAGUGAGCCACGUGAUCCUCACAGGAUGCAGUGUCAAGGGAUCCAGGGAUGCCAGCCGGCUUUGUCGGGAAUGGACUGGGUCCGAGCUUUGCUCUGUUCGCUCUGAAAGCACAAGAUGCAGGAUCCAGGAGACUGGGGUUCAGGUUCUUCCGAACCUGUUCUUUACUGCCGGUGUCCAUCCGCAUGAUGCGAAGAGCUGCAAUCCGGAGACCUUGGAUGCUUUGAGAUCAUUGGCGGCCGAGAGAGCUUGCGUUUCGAUUGGGGAGUGUGGCCUCGACUAUGACAGGAUGUUCUCUGGGCGAGAUGUGCAGCUGCACUGGUGUCGACAGCAAGUGGAACUUGCAGUGGAGUUGCACAUGCCUUUGUUCCUCCAUGAGCGAGACCGAGAUGCGAGCAAGGGGAAGCCGUUAGGGUCGUCUGAUGAUCUUCAGCGCAUCCUCGCGGAGAGUGGCGUGUGUCCGAAGAUGGCCUGCAUUCAUUGCUUCACCGGAAAGGCAGAAGAUCUGAACACUUACGUCUCCAGAGGCUAUUUCAUCGGCCUUACUGGCUUCGCUGCCAUGAAGAAGCGUGGAGCGCACAUUCGACAGCUCCUUCAAGAUGGCACAAUUCCACUUGAGCAACUGAUGAUAGAGACGGAUUGCCCUUUCAUGUUGCCGGACAGAGAAUAUCUUCCCGACACCCUGGGCGUUCGUGGCCGCACAAACGAACCAUGCUGCAUGCCGGCGAUUUGCCGAGCAGUUGCUGAGUGCCUCGAGGUGCCAGCAGAAGAGGUCGCCAAAGUCACAACAGCCAACGCUCGACGGUUCUUCGGCUUAUAA